CUGCUGAGCUUGGCCCUGGGCUGCGGCCCCGCUCGGGGGGGCCCAGGCAGGAAGGCCGUGCACGUGGGCGCCCUGUUCCCCAUGAGCGGGGGGUGGCCGGGGGGCCAGGCCUGCCUGCCCGCCGUGCAGAUGGCCCUGGAGGACGUCAACCGGCGCCCCGACAUCCUGCCCGACUACGAGCUGAGGCUGAUCCACCACGACAGCAAGUGUGACCCCGGCCAGGCCACCAAGUUCCUGUAUGAGCUGCUCUACAACGACCCCAUCAAGAUCAUCCUCAUGCCCGGCUGCUCCAGCGUCUCCACACUUGUGGCCGAGGCCGCCCGGAUGUGGAACCUCAUCGUGCUUUCCUACGGCUCCAGCUCCCCGGCCCUGUCCAACCGGCAGCGAUUCCCGACCUUUUUCCGGACCCACCCGUCGGCGACGCUCCACAACCCCACGAGGGUGCAGCUCUUCAAGAAGUGGGGCUGGACCAAGAUCGCCACCAUCCAGCAGACCACCGAGGUCUUCACCUCGACCUUGGACGACCUGGACCAGAGGGUGAAGGAGGCCGGGCUGGAGAUCACCUUCCGCCAGAGCUUCUUCUCCGACCCCGCCGCUCCCGUCAGGAACCUCAAGCGCCAGGACGCCCGGAUCAUCGUGGGGCUCUUCUACGAGACCGAGGCCAGGAAAGUCUUCUGUGAGGUGUACAAGGAGAAGCUCUAUGGCAAGAAGUACGUGUGGUUCCUGAUUGGCUGGUACGCCGACAACUGGUUCCGCAUCAAGGACCCCGCCAUCAACUGCACCGAGGCCGAGAUGGCCGAGGCCGUGGAGGGACACGUCACCACCGAGAUCGUGAUGCUCAACCCCGAGAACACCAGGAGCAUCUCCAACAUGACGUCGCAGGAGUUCAUUGAGAAGCUCCAGAAGAGGCUGGGGAAGAACCCCGAGGAGACCGGGGGGUUCCAGGAGGCCCCCCUUGCCUACGACGCCAUCUGGGCUUUGGCCUUGGCCCUCAACAAGACCUCGGCCGAGCUGGUCAAGAAGGGGUUGAGGUUGGAGGACUUCAACUACAACAACAAGAACAUCACGGACGAGAUCUACCGGGCCCUCAACUCCUCGGCCUUCGAGGGUGUCUCGGGCCACGUGGUGUUCGACGCCAGCGGGUCCCGCAUGGCCUGGACCCUCAUUGAGCAGCUCCAGGGAGGCGUCUACAAGAAGAUCGGGUACUACGACAGCACCAAGGACAACCUGUCCUGGUACAACAACGACCGCUGGAUCGGGGGUUCCCCACCCGCCGACUACACCAAGGUCAUCACCACCUUCCGCUUCCUCUCCCAGAAGCUUUUCAUCUCCGUGUCUGUCCUGGCGUCCCUGGGAAUCGUCCUGGCUGUUGUCUGCCUCGCCUUCAACAUCUACAACGGCCACGUCAGGUACAUCCAGAAUUCCCAGCCCUACCUGAACAACAUGACAGCUGUGGGCUGCACCCUGGCGCUCGCCGCCGUGUUCCCGCUGGGAUUGGACGGAUACCACAUCGGCCCCGGGAUGUUCCCCUUCGUCUGCCAGGCCCGGCUUUGGCUCUUGGGCCUGGGCUUUAGCCUGGCCUACGGCAGCAUGUUCACCAAGAUCUGGUGGGUCCACACCGUCUUCACCAAGAAGGAGGAGAAGAAGGAGAAGAGGAAGACUUUGGAGCCCUGGAAACUCUAUGCCACUGUGGGGCUGCUGGUGGGGCUGGACGUGGUGACCUUGGUCGUGUGGCAGAUCGUGGACCCCCUGCACCGAACCAUCGAGGAAUUCACCAAGGAGGAGCCCAAGACAGACCUGGAUGUGUCCAUCCUGCCCCAGCUCGAGCACUGCAGCUCCACCAAGAUGAACACGUGGCUGGGUGGGGUUUUGGGGGGUC